AUGAUAAAGACAUUCAUAGGAUACGUAGAUACACCAUUCGAUAGUGAUGAUGCAUACCCAUAUGAAACUAAAAUAGGUGGUGCUCCUAUUUGGUGUUCUCAACCACCUGCACAAUACAAAGAUUUAAAAUGUACAAGUUGUUCUAAAGAGAACUUGGCCUUUCUGUUGCAAGCAUAUUGUCCGUUAGACUCGGUACCCGACUAUGAAAGAAACUAUUAUAUCUUUGUUUGUCCAAAGUGUAGUAAUGGUGCAAAUGGUUGGAAGGUGAUUAAAUGUUUAGAUCCUCUUAAAGAGUAUGACGACGAUCAAGACGACGAUGAAGAAGACAAUGAAAAUGACGACGAACAAGAAGAAGAAGUUACAACAAAGAAAGAACAAGGUGAUUGGGGUGUUGAUGAUGAUGAUUGGGGUGCUGAUGAUGAUAAUGAAAACGAAACAUCUACAACAACUACAACAUCAUUACAACAACAAGAAAAAAAACAAACAAUAGCGGAAAUGAUUAAAAGUAGAGACCAACAAUUACAAUUGGAUCAAAACAAACCAAAAAAGAAACAACCACAAGUAUCCCUUAGGGAAUCAUUCAAUAGUGAACAAGAGAUUAUUUCAGGUGUAGUCAUUGAAAAUGAUAAGAGUAAUCAAUAUGAAUCAUAUUACUUGUUCAUUGAAGAAGAAAAAUUAAAGAAACAACAACAUCAACAACAAGAGGAUCAAUCUCAUCAUCUCAAAAAAUAUCAAUCACACGACGUUGAAGAAGCGGAAGCUUGGUCUGGUGAAACCUAUGAAUAUGUACAGGAUAGAGUAUUUAGUAAAUUUUUAAAGAAAAUUGGUUCAAAUCCAGAUCAAUGUUUAAGAUAUUCAUUUGGAGGUGAAGCAUUGUGUAUGUCAAAUCAAGGAGUUGAACAAGUUAGAAAUGCACCAAAAUGUAAACAAUGUUCUAGAACAAAGACAUUUGAAUUCCAAAUCCUUUCAACAAUGAUCACUCAAAUAGAACCAAGAAACAAUCAACCAAAUGAACUUGAUUUUGGAAAUGCUUUUAUCUAUUCAUGUCCCAACAAUUGCUAUGAUAAAUCAAAGGAUAUUUUUAAUGAUGUAGCUUAUAUUGAAGAUUCUAUAAUAAUUGAAAGAGCAGUAUAA